AUGAUGCUCAAGAUCGCGCUCCUGGCUCUCGCUGCUGUUCACGUUGCAAUGGCCACGCAGAUCGUCAUCACCACGUAUCCAACGGGAUAUGGUCCGCUGCAGAACAACUAUCGAAUCAGCGAUGCAGACUACAAGAAAUGGCUGCUCUUCUCGGUCAGCACCGACUUGCCGGACAAAGAUGGCACGGGCGCCGAUAUCUCUGUCGAGUUGGAUAUUGUUCCUGCCACAGCUGCCGGUCAGGUUGUUGGAUCGGCACUGCCAAUUAUGUUCUCAUCGACCGCACUGCUCCGCACCAACAAGAUUGCCUAUCCCCUCCCCGACACAACUCUGCCGGGUACUUAUGUGAUCCGAGCUCGCUCAACGGCAACAGGCAAUAUCCCUGCUGUCACGGCAGUCUCGUCGUCCGUCAACUUUGUCGUUUAUGCAGCCAACUGUGUGUCCUCAAAGUUCUCCAUCCCGACGGAUGUCACUGGCGUUCCAACCACAAGCACCCGUGCCGGGGCAGUUUGCAGUUCGCGAGUGGCCGAUAUCACCUGUGCGGACGACGGCACCGAAGUGGCCACACUCCUCAAUCUAUGCCUCAGCGGCGUCAACUCGGCUUGGGUCAACUCUCACUACUCCAUCAGCAACAUCUCUAGUGCCCCAAGUAGCCUCUCGUUUUCGUCCACUCGAGUUUUGGGAACGAAUCUUCCAAGCUCGAAUAUUCUACCGGACGACCACAGCAGAAAAUCCUCAAACCUCGAGCCGUCCGCCGAGCGCUUCCAAUGUGCCCUUCCUGGCUUCGAGGUCAACGCAAACAAACAUCAGAGCUAUCUCUGCCGGUCAUCUCUGAGCUCGCUCCGAAACGCUCUGCUGCAUCCCUUCGCGAACCUUAUUUCCGCCAUGCACUACAAGCUUGCCCUCGAGGCCGCCUUUGUGUGGUUUCUCAUGGUCGGCGUCUGGGCCGCACCGUUUGAGAUGAAAUAUGAGCCCCGUGCGGCCGCCGUCAGCGUCUGGUACAGUCAAGUUGGAUACGGGCCUAUGGGCGACACCUUCCGCAUUGCACCAACGGACUCGAACAAGGUCAACGUCACCAGUGAUCCUCGAUACCUGCUCUUCACCAUCGACACGAACCUGCCCGACGUCAAUCCAAGCACUGGCCAGCCCAAUACUUUUGACAUCACCAUCGUCGGGGUCAACAACGGCGCGAGUUUGAAGGUCUUCCCGAGCCCACAACCCAACUCCCUCAUCCGUGCCAAGAGCAUCGGUCUCUACUUCCCCUACGGCACUGUUCCCGGCGACUACUACAUCCAGGUCGUCAGCUCCAGCGGCGCCAGUGCCCGCACCGCUCGCACCUUCAGGGUGGUCACCUUCAAUCCCGCCUGCUGGUCCACCAACUUCAAUAUUCCCACAGACUACAACGGCAACCCGAUCUCUUCGGCCAAGAGUCAAGCUCCUUGCGACAACAACCUUGCUGAUAUUUUGACUCAGGCCGACAAUACCGAGGCCACCAAUUUGCUCUAUUCGUGCAUUGGUGAUGGCGGCCGUGCCUGGAUCAACUCCCACAAUCCCGACGGUCGCUACUCGAGCGCCUGUUCGCCUCCCUGCGAUGUCUCGAUUUCUGUCGAUGCUACCUCGCAGACCUACACUACAUUCACGAGCCCGGCCGGACAGUUGUCUUUGCCUGCCAUCUGCCGCUAA